UCAGUCAUCUUUCUCAAGCCAUCCAACGCCCACAUCGCCACCUGCUACCUAGUAACCUGUGUGCUGUGAUCAAACCCCAGCGAUUUCUAUGGCGACCACCGUCCUUGCAACCUCACAGUCGUCGCCGGAGCAUAAUCCCCGGCCAUACACCCCGAGCCCCUGGGGCGACUUCUUCCUCACCCACCAGCUGUGCACGCCGGCAGAGCUCCUGUCCAUGAAGGAGAAGGCGCAGGUUAAGGAGGAAGAGGUGAGGCGGAUAUUGCUGGCCACUGCCGCCUCGCCUGACCUGGUAAGUAAGCUGGACCUCGUCGACGUGCUGCAGCGGCUCGGGGUCGACUACCACUACAAGAAGGAGAUUGACGAGUUGCUACGUGCCAUUUACGAUGACGAAGAUGGUGGCUCUGAUGACCUCUAUGUCACCUCACUGAGGUUCUACUUGCUCAGGAAGCAUGGCUACAAUGUGUCCUCCGACAUUUUUCUGAAGUUCAGAGACGAGCAAGGAAACAUUACCAGCGAUGAUGUGAACUGCUUGAUGACGUUGUAUGAUGCUGCGCAUAUGAGAACACAUGGGGAGAAGAUACUCGACAGUAUUAUCACUUUCAACAAGACCCACCUCCAAUCUGUGAUGGAAACAGAUUUGCAGCCGGAGCUCGCUGAGGAGGUGAGGUUCACAUUGGAGACAACUCGGUUCAGGCAGGUUAAGAGAGUGGAGGCGAGGCGCUACAUCCCAGUAUAUGAGAAGAAGGCUACGAGAAACGAGGCCAUACUUGAGUUUGCAAAGCUCGACUACAACAUCUUGCAAGUUCUCUACUGUGAGGAGUUAAAGGAACUAACGAUAUGGUGGAUGGAUUUCAAGUCUCGGACAGACCUGAGAUUUGCGCGGGAUAGAUUGGUGGAGAUGUAUUUUUGGAUGAUGGGAGUUGUUUAUGAACCUUACUAUUCGUACUCCCGGAUAAUGCUCACAAAGUUGGUCAUGUCCGUGUCAUUGCUCGAUGAUCUCUAUGACAACUAUAGCACUACAGAGGAGAGCCAGAUCUUUACUACAGCUAUGGAAAGGUGGGAUGAAAAGGCUGCGGAGAAAUUCCCAUCAUACUUGAGGGCUCUCUACAAAAAUAUAAUAGGCACAACUGAUGAGAUCGUGGAAGAGUUAAAACUCCAGAAUAAUAAGCAUGCUGAAUUAGUAAGAAAACUGAUAAUUGACGUCGCCAAAUGCUACCACGCUGAGCUGAAGUGGCGUGAUGAAAACUAUGUGCCAACUAACGUUGAUGAGCACCUCCAAAUUUCAGUGUGUAGUAGUGCUUGUAUGCAUGUUACAAACCUUGCAUUUAUUUCACUAGGAGACAGGGCUAGCAAAGAGGCAGUUGAGUGGGCUUUCACGUAUCCCAAAAUUAUCAGAGGUGUUUGUAUAGUCGCGCGUAUUGUUAAUGACAUCAUGUCACAUGAGAGGGAACAAGCUUCGAAUCAUGUGGCAUCCACAGUGCAAACUUGCAUAAAGCAAUAUGGGGUCACAGUACAGGAAGCAAACGAAAAGCUCAGAAUAAUUAUCGAGAAAGCAUGGAUGGACAUCGUUGAAGAAUGCCUCGAUCAGAAACAAUCCAUGGAACUUUUAGAGAAGGCAGUCAAUCUUGGACGAACAAUGGAUUUUAUGUACAAGCGUGAAGACGCAUACACCCUCUCUUUUAGCCUCAAGGACAUUAUAGCUUCAAUGUACGUGAACUUCGUGUGAGUUUGAUGAUCCAGCAUCAAGUAUAUGGCUUUUUGUAUAAUGCCAGGCUACGUUCAGAGGUCAACAAUAUUGUAAAAUCAACCUUUGUGUGGUUGCAGCUCUUAGGCUAUCCACACUUGUCAACCUCUAUUUCCAUACUCUAAAAAGAAUAUUCCAUCCUAGUCAUCAAGAUUCUCUACUUUA